AUGGCUCAGAUUGCGCUGCCACGCCAUCAGGCUACACAGUCGCAGUCGGCGAGUGUAGGCUCACCGCUCUACCAGCGUCGCCAGCAGUCCAACGUUGGCAACGUAGAGAUGGUCCCCAACCCCGACUUCUCAUUCCCCAUGCGAGGACCAGACACAUCCUCCAACGACUCGUCACCGACCAAACCCCGCCCAAUGUCGAUGCAGUACCCAGCCGCUCGCCGAGGGUCCAUGCCGCACGCCAGGCAGAAGUCGGUAAACGCAUUGCCUGCCUUCUCCUUCAACCCCUCGGGCAAUGUACCAGCACCCCAGCAAACGUCUCCCCAGACAUCGCCGCUUAUUUCGCCGACAACGCCCGCCAAGCCAAUGCAUGGCCACCGACGGGGUGGAAGUGAGCUUAUUGGAGGGAGUGCUCGAACAGGCGCGACAUUGCUGAGUAGCAGCCCCACCAAGGAUGGUUCUCUGUCGCCUCCCACAUCAACUCUACAGCCAGGUCCACCCGCUGGGCGUCGUGGGCACGCGCAUCGCCGCUCUGCCGCCAUCUCGUCCCACGACUUAUCCGCCAUCAUGACCCCUCCAGUGCCCCCUGUUCCCCUAAUGCCCACUUUCACAGGCAGUGCGCCUAGCACGCCCGCCGAGAACCUCAACGACUUCAAGUUCGGUCACUCGGUGAACAAGUCCAUGUCGCAGCCUUGUCUGCGAAGCAACAGCCCAGACGAUGACUCGACAUCACGUCCUCCCUCCAGAGCCCGUGUUGGCUUCUCAGAUAAGGUCGAGUACAUUCGGCCUCUCUCGACUAUCUCCUCAGAAACCGAAGUUUCGACCAUCCGUGGACACUCGAACACUAACAGCUUGUCAUCGAUUGUUGGUGGCAACACCGUGAGCCCGCCUUUCACACGUUCAGGUACCCCAACCCUACCAACAGUAGAAGAUGAGAGCCGGCCUGGCACCGCCGGUGCUGUACUGGAUAAGAUUCUGAGCAACCCGUUGAUUGUGGAAUCAACUGAGCGCAAGCGACCUAUGUCUGCCGGCCGUUCGCGGUCUGCUGGACCCAGUCCUACCUCGCCUGAAAUGCCAACCAAGAAGCGAGGCUUCUUCCGUUUGGAGUCACGGAACAGCGACAAGUCCAGCCACCGAAGACUGCCGACCAGUAUCUCUGACCCAGCUCUCACAACGACUUUCAACUCCUCUCCUUUGGUGUCGCCUCUGGACACAGAGAUAGCAGAGGACUCGAAGUCGAAGUCGAAGAAAUUGAGCCACAGGCCACGGAAAGUCAAGUCCUGGGCAAAUUCCAUUAUCCCACGAAAGAGCAAGCACAGCAAGAAAUCGAAGCGGAGGGCAGCGACACCUGAGCAGCCAGACGCCGUGGCGGAAGGCGAAGACACCGAUUCCUCAGACGAGCUUGAGCUUGAGCUCGACGACUUCAUUCCGAACUUUGAUGAUGACACCUCGGUGACCAUCGUUUCGCCCACAGCAGACGCUGUCCCAGGACCUAAGAUUAACACCGAUUUUGCUUCGUGGCAACCAAGACAGCUGAAGCGUGUCGAUUCGGAUGUCAUGAGCCCCAUCAUUGACAUGGAUGCGGCUCUUGGCCCGUUCCAGACCCCAGAUGGCGCGGACUCGAGGACCCAGAAGCGCGGAUUUGCGGCUCAUCGCCGCGCCAUGCACAGUGCAAGCGGAUUUACUCCAAACCAUCGCAGGACAGAGAGCGCACCCGAGUUGGUGCCUUUCGAAUUCAGGCCUUCAGCUGCCACCAGCACCUCGCCAAUGGCUGACGUGUUCGAGGAGGAAGAGCCAGAAGAAGAGAGGCCCGAGUCAAGGAGGGCAUCCGCCCCCACUUCCAUCGCGGAAGAGCCCGAGAAGGAUGAAGAGCCGCGUAUUCAGGUCGUCGAGAUCGAGGAUAGACAUGAUGGUCCAGCGAUUAACUGGAACUUCAACGACGGUCUUGGUUUGAAGGCACGUGCCGAGCCACGACACUCGCCUAUUAUGGAGGAGCCAUUGUCCCCGCAUGCCGUGUUUCAGUCGAGCGGCGCGCAGGUCGAGGUUGUGGAGGACUACGAAGAGCCUCGUACCUCAUCCCUCACACACUCGUCAGACUCUACUGUUACACCACAGUCGACACUGGAGGAGUUCAAAGAGCACCAGUCGACUAUGGCUGUGCCAGCACCGCUUGCGCAGCAGAGCCUGAUGACGCCUAACACCGUCACCUCCUCUUUUGGUUCACCAGACUACCGGUCCAGCCAGGUCUCCUUCGAUACACCUCGUGUCGGCACUGCGGCGUCGUCUGUAACGGACUACCCAGUAUUAUCAUCACCACGUUUUGGAGAACCCGGACCGGAGAUACGCGACUCAUCUGACGUACCAUCUCUGACUUCUUCGAGGUCGACCAUGACCAGCAACUUGCAGGGCACUUUCCCCCUCCCCGCUCCCCGCAGGCCUGGCGAUCGCUCAGCAUCGCUUUGCUCCACGCCCAGCGAGGUCGAGCAGCGUCGUCGCAAGCGAUCCAGCAUUGCUAGUCUUUCUCGCUUGAUCAACGGAUCCUACGGUAGCGAAAAGAGCAAGUUGUCAAUCGAGCAGCGACCCCAAUCCGCUUACCUCGAGCCCGUUGCACGGGAAACCAAGAAGAAGCCCAGACGCUUGAGCAAGCUGAAGUUCUGGAAAUCAUCAAAAGACUCCGCCUCUUCGUCUUCGCAAGCUCAAUGA